AUGGGGCGUGGUCAAUGCGCCUUCACUCCCUUCCCCCAAGUCCGGACCCUCCGGCGGGAGCACCGUCUGCGCAUGCGCAGACCGAGCCGGGGUCCCCGGGGGAGGAGGCCGUUGAAGGCCAGUGUCCUGCAGCGGAUCCCGGGGAAGAUGCUGCUGUUGGCGCUGCUGGUGGCGGCGGCGCAGGCCUCGCUGCCAACUCCACUCUUGAUUAAACAUCCAUGUGACGAAAACAUUGUCUUGUAUUUAGGAAACAGAGUCUUUUUCUCGACAAAUAACUUUGAAAGCAGCCUGUUUCCACUGAGAAUCCCUAUCUCGUUUAAGGUCGACAGAGCAGAAGUCACCGCGGCCCACUUCACCAGGUCGAUGUUGUUGCUGGUCGUGAAUUUUCACGUCUACAUUUAUGAUUACAAGGUUGACUUCUGGCUCACGCCGGAAGGAAUAGCACACCCCGUGUCGCACGUCUCCGGAGACAACUGCUGCUAUAGCUCAGAGCCCGUCUGCUUGGCUGUAAGUAGAACUGUGUUCGCUUACUUACACGGAGCACAGGUAUCAGACGCCACGCUCUAUAUUUCCGUGACCGAGGGGCUCAGUUUCAGACCCUACAGCUACAGAAGGCAGGAGGAGUUCCACGGAUAUCUGGGAGGGAUCUUCAACUUCUACAGCCUGUCCCAAGUGGGGCUGCUUUUCUAUUACAACAGGAGGGCCAAGUUCAGUUACUCCGAGCACCCCCUGAACCGCAGCUUUGGGCAGUCUUUUGACUACAGACACAACCCUAACAUCCUCAUCCCGCCGGGCCAGAAGGGCACCCUGAUCUUCUGGAGCAAAAGGAGCCUGUUUAUUUCUCGAAACACAGGUCAGCUCGUGAGACCAGUCUACUUGGAGGAAGCUUACCACAGCCCCUUGAAGACCAUGUCUGAUCUCAAUCUGACUAUCCACAGCGUGGCCGCUAAUCAAAACGAAAUGGCGAUGUUAACGAAGCAGAAUAAUUUGUAUUACGGUUUCCAGGGAAUCCUGUCGACGACACUAAUGAAAUUGCCAGACCCGUACUAUUUUUCCCCCAUGUCCGUCGUGACCUUCUCGGGCUUGGGAAAGCUCGAGAUCCUGACGCCAAUUCAAGAUACGAUCCUCUUCAUUUUCAAUUAUGAGAAGUUGCUCUUCAACAUGAAAACGCUCCUCAUGGACCCCCACUACAGAAUUGGUCCCUGCAAAGUGGAGUUCCUGGAGGGCGAGUUUGAGAACCGGAUGUACACCAUCGACAUGAACAGCAAACUGGAGCUGACAGCCACAAUUGUCCCACGGCCGCUGGCAUCCCCCAUGCCACUGGUGUUGGUGAGCAACCCCCACUCCCUGGGGCUGGAGACCAAGAUGUACGAGGACAGUUACUUCCUGGACCAGAGCACCAAGUUCAGGCUGCACAUCUCCCUCAAACAGCAGCAACACUCGGGCAGGGCGGACCCCAACUUCACCUCCUGGAUAAAGAGGGAGACCGCCUCCACCGUCACCCUGGACAUCGCCAACAAGGAAGCUUCGUGUGUGAACAUUCCGCCUCUGACCGCCCUCAUCAACAUCGGUUGCGAUGCUGAGAAAAAGGUCGUCAUUCAGAAGGACACCACGUCCUGCAGCGAGGGGAUCCUGGACUCGGUGGAACUCCAGAACAACUACAGCUACGUCCUGGACCGGGACAUCUACAGCCCGAACUUGUCCGGGGAGGACCAGGUGGUGUUCUACGAUUACGCCUUGCUGGGCUGCCCCCUGCUGGUCUACUACGACACUCCCUGGAAGCCAGUUCUGCAGCUGUGGCAGGGACAGGAGUUUCAGGAGGUCGUCGAGGCCGAGUACGUGAUCAAGGAAGUCUACGGGUUGCUGACGUACUCGUACUCUCUGACGGCCGAGACGGCGGGCUGCACAGCCCAGCCGCAGAACUGGAGCUCCCAAGGAGAGCUGGAGUCCAAGGAGAGCCUCUCGCGGUGGGGGCGGGAGAAUUACCAGAGCUGCCAUGACUCCAACAACCCGAAUCCCUUAAAGUGGCCCGAUGUCCAGUACGAAGUUCUCGGUGGCCAGACAGACAAUAAGGUGGUUUUUGAGCAAAGGAAUGGAAUUUACGUCUUUUAUCUCUCUGUGGUGGACCCCUUGUACAGCUACUGCCAGCUGAAUGCUCUGUUCAGCGUGCACGUGUACGGAGCCUUGCCGCCCAGCGGGGACUCCCUGGACGUGCCCAUCAUCGUGGUGAUGUUCAGUAUGCUGGGCUCCGUCUGGCUGUCCUACAUGAUCUCGGGCAUCAAAGUCAGGGCGCUGGGGCGGAAGAUUUUCCGGAAGGACUCGGACCCCAACAGCAAUUUCUGA